AGUUUUAUCUGCUGUGAUUUUCCUGUCGUCUCCAUCUUUAUUAGUAUAAAUAGUGUCGAGGGCAUUUUCCAUUUCACUUGUCUCCGAGUAAUUAACAAACGCACAAUGCAGGUCCUGACUCUUCUAGUGCUGUGUGUAGCUGCUGUCGCCGGCGCUGGCAUCCGAUCCAGUCCUCAAAGAAUAUGGGGAGGUAACCCAACUAGUAUUGAACGUUACCCGUUUCUGGCUGCUCUUAUGGAUACGGAUCGUCAUUGGCACUACUGGCAGACUUGCACUGGCGCAAUCAUUAAUGACCGAGCCGUUCUCACUAUAGCUCACUGUACAAGCAAUGAGAGACUCCACGCGUGGCGAAUCCGUGUUGGGACCAAUAAUGGUAACUACGCCGGUGUGGUCCACGUUAUCUCACGGCACAUCGCUCAUCCUUUAUUUUCUUCCAAGACUUUGGAGCAUAACAUCGCUGUUCUUCACGUCGCCACCCCCUUCACUUUUAAUAACAAGGUCGGCCCUGUCAUGGCUAUCGCAGGUCCCAAUUACAACGUUCCAGACAAUGAAAAUGUCUUAGCUGUUGGUUGGGGAUGGGGCGAUGGUUGCAAUCUAUCCCUGGAUACAAGCAAUUCAUAUGAUGAUCGUCUACAGUCGUCUGCAAAUAAUAGGCGGUUUGGUGAGGUAAUGCGUGAAGUCCCACUUCUGGCAAUAAGUCAGGAGACAUGCAGGAACACCUACGCUCCUUUUGGUAUCACCGUCACUGACAACAUGAUUUGUGCCGGCUGGCCAGCGGGCACGGAUCUUAAUAGUCGUGGACACUGCGCAGAAGACUUUGGUGCUCCUCUCUUACACAAUCAAGUUAUCAUUGGUGUUUUCGCCUUCAGACAAGGUAUCUCCGAACCUGAAUACCAAAGUGUUCAUACUCGAGUAUCCAACUACACAUCUUGGAUAAACGACAACGCCUAAUAGAAAUAUUGACCAGUUUGCUGAGAAAUAUACCAAUGAUAGUAAAAUAUUUCUUACCGUAAUGAAACAUUUAUUACAUAUCAUUCUGAAAUAAUGUAUAUCGUUAAAUAAAAUUGUCAUUCAAUAUA